AGAAGGAGAGUAUGACAUUGAAGAAUUAGCCCUAGACUGUUUGUAAGAGGAUGUGUAAUGUUUGUGGUCAAUUCUUGGGAUGUACUUUUGUUAUUCACUUCUGAAAAGGAGCAACAUUCUGGAAUAUAGAACACCUACCCAAGAAUAUCAGCAGGUGGAGCGGUAUGGAUGCCCACUCUCCAGAGAACCUGUACCCAUACACCGUGUCCAGACCCAUCUACUCCAACCCCACGUUUGAGGAGGACAACGAGAGGCAGGCCCGGGAGGAGAGAACCCUGAGGGAGAGACUCAGCCGCACCUGUGGCUGCUCAGGUAGGCAGGCCCUGAAGGUUGUGAAAGGAGUCUUUCCUGUCAUUGACUGGCUCUCCAGAUACCCAAUAAGAGAGUGGCUUCCCAGCGAUGUAAUCUCCGGUGUUAGCACUGGUCUGGUGUGCAGCUUACAAGGCCUGGCCUAUGCCCUGCUUGUGUCCGUGGCUCCAGUCUAUGGACUCUACUCUGCCUUCUUCCCUAUCCUCACAUACUUCCUGCUGGGCACCUCCAGACACAUCUCUGUAGGUCCGUUCCCUGUCACCUGUCUCAUGGUGGGCUCCGUCGUGUUGACCCUCGCCCCCGAUGACCACUUCCUGCUUCCUGGGAAUGGCACCGGUGUGAAUGGAACAGAGGCUGAUGGGAUUGUGGUGGAUGUGGAGGCCAUGGAGGCCCAGAGGAUCAUGGUGGCGUCCUCCAUGACUGUGCUGGUCGGGCUGUUCCAGGUGGUAAUGGGGCUGCUCCAGGUGGGCUUCCUGGUCCGUUACCUGUCGGACCCCCUGGUGGGCGGCUUCACCACGGCCGCUGCCUUCCACGUCCUCAUCUCCCAGCUGAAGAUAGUCCUCUCCGUCCCCACUAACAACCACAGCGGCUGCUUCUCCAUCCUCUACACGCUCAUCGACGUGUUUACCAACAUCAGACAGACCAACAGAGCUGACCUGGUGGCCGGGCUGCUCACCAUUGUCAUCGUCAUGGCCGUAAAAGAGGUCAACUCCAAAUUCCGGCACAAGAUUCCUGUCCCCAUCCCCAUCGAAGUGAUUGUGACCGUGGUUGCCGCUGGGAUCUCCUACGCCACCGAGCUGGAGUCGCGCUACGGUGCCAGCAUUGUGCACAGCAUCCCCAGGGGGUUUGCUCCAGCUCAGCCUCCCAACACAGAGCUGCUGUGGAACAUUCUGGGCUCCAGUUUCUCUACAGCGGUAGUGGGCUAUGCAGUAGCUGUCUCUGUGGCCAAGGUCUACGCUGCAAAACACGACUACACCAUCGAUGGCAAUCAGGAGCUGAUAGCGUUCGGGUUCAGCAAUGUGUUCUGUGGCUGCUUCUCCGGCUUUGUGGCAAGCACUGCACUGUCCCGCACCGCUGUACAGGAGAGCACCGGCGGCAAGAGUCAGGUGGCUGGUAUAAUCUCAGCUGUGAUGGUAAUGAUUGUGAUCCUGGCUCUCGGGAACCUCUUGGAACCCCUGCAGAAGUCAGUGCUGGCAGCCAUCGUCAUCGCAAACCUGAAGGGAAUGUUCAUGCAGGUGACAGAGGUGCCCACACUGUGGAGACAGAACAGAGCAGACUGUUUCAUCUGGCUGGCGACCUGCCUGGCUUCUGUGGUGUUGGGACUAGACGUGGGACUGCUGGCUGGCCUGGUGUUUGAGAUGGGAACUGUCGUGGUCCGGACACAGUUUCCUGCAUGCUCUACACUUGGAAACAUACCUGGCACAAACAUAUACAGGAACAUGAAAGACUACAAGAAUAUUGCAGAAGUUCCCGGAAUUAAGAUUUUUAAGUGCAAUGCUCCCAUCUACUUUGCCAACAUUGACUACUUCAAAGAGCGAUUGAGAGUCACGGUGGGGUUUGACUCUGUCAGAGUGUUCAAGAAGAGGAAUAAGGCCCUCAAGAAGAUUCACAAACUCAUAAAGAAAGGGAAACUGAGGGCGACAGAGACCGGGGAGGUGGUAUCCGAGGUCUCCCUGGGUGUUGACAACAAGGGCUUUGAGAGCGAGCAGGACAGUGGGCGAGAGUCCGGACAGGUGGAGGACGGGGAUUGGCCUGUGCCAGAGGUGGAGGUCCGUGUGGAUUGGGCCUUGGAGCUACCAGUCAGGGUGUCGGUACCUAAGGUCCAGAUCCACAGCCUGGUACUGGACUUCUCAGCCGUGUCCUUCUUAGACGUGGUGGCCGUCAAGUCCCUCAGACUGGUCAUUAAAGAGUUCCUACGCAUCGGAGUCAAUGUCUACAUUGCAGGCUGUGACGAUGAAAUUGUACGGAAAAUGGAAGCCUUGUCCUUCUUCGAUGAGGAGGUGACACGAGAUCUCCUCUUUCUCUCUGUCCACGACGCCAUCCUCUUCAUCAAACUGGAGACAGCCAAUGGGAGCAUGCAGGAUGCCAUGGUUGAGGGGCUUUCUCUAAUGCAGGAUUGCAAGGAGCCACCGCCUUUCACUGAGGAAGAGGACCUGAUUGAGACCUAUGACAACCAGCAUAGAAGGGUAAAGAUGAAGCAGUAUGUGGUCGCCAGGCCACUCUACUCAGAGGACGCCUUCACAGACGAACAUGAGAAGAUCCACAGGCACCAUAAGACCCUGCGGCACCAUGUCAAGCAGUAUUUCACUUGUGACCUCAAGCGCGCUAAGAACGCAGCGCUCUCUCUGCUGCCUUUCAUUGGUUGGAUGAGAAUCUACCAGCUGAAAGAAUGGUUGCUGAGUGAUAUUGUAUCUGGGGUCAGCACUGGACUGGUAGCUGUUCUACAAGGUCUGGCAUAUUCCCUGCUGGCCUCCCUCCCUCCAUGGUACGGACUCUUCACUGCCUUCUUCCCAGUGAUUAUCUACUUCUUCCUUGGCACUUCCAGACAUAUCUCAGUAGGAGCGUUCCCUGUUCUGAGCCUCAUGGUGGGUGCAGUGGUGACGAGGCUUGUGCCUGACGAAGGCCCCCCAGUCAACAUCACUGGGUUUGAGGGGCUGACCAGCGACGAGCAGAGAGUAAUGGUGGCCGCCUCUGUCACCUUCCUCAUGGGGAUAAUGCAGCUGGCCAUGGGUCUGCUGCAGGUAGGCUUCAUCGUCAUGUACCUGUCAGACACGCUGGUGUCUGGGUUCACCACCGCUGCUGCCAUCCACAUCCUGGUGUCCCAGCUGAAGUUCGUGUUGGGCCUGGUGGUGCCGGGACUCAGUGGACCCCUGUCCAUCAUUUAUACCCUGGAGAAGAUCUUUGUCCAGAUCGAGAAGACCAACGUGUGUGACCUGGUGACGUCCAUACUGAUCAUGGUGGUGGUGUUCAUAGUGAAGGAGAUCAACGAUAGAUACAAAGCCAAGCUGCCUGUUCCCAUCCCCAUAGAGGUUAUCAUGACUGUCAUCGCUUGUGGUGUUUCCUAUGCAUUCAACUUCCGGGUGAUUUAUAAAGUUGAUGUUGUCGGCCGUAUUCCAGUGGGGUAUGAGUCACCUAUGGCCCCGAACAUGCAGAUCUUCGGGCAGACUGCUGUUGAGGCGUUCCCUAUGGCCAUAGUGGGCUUUGCUGUAGCCUUCUCUGUCGCCAAGGUCUACUCAGUCAAACACGAUUACAUCAUAGACGGAAAUCAGGAGCUGAUAGCUUUUGGGGCCAGUAACAUCAUUGGAGCAGCCUUUAAGUCAUUUGCAGCAAGUACAGCUCUCUCCAGGAGUGCGGUACAGGAGAGUACAGGUGGUAAAACCCAGAUUGCUGGGCUACUGUCAGCGCUCAUCGUGAUGGUCGUCACCUUGGCUAUCGGGUUCUUAUUGGAGCCACUCCCAAAGUCGGUGCUGGGGGCAGUGGUCAUAGUCAACCUGAAGGGGAUGUUGAUGCAGAUCAGAGAAGUCCCUUACCUGUGGAGGAGAGACCGGCCCGACUGUGUGGUGUGGGUGGUGACCUGCCUGGCUUCCAUCCUGUUGGGGCUGGAUCUGGGGCUGGCUGUAGGUCUAGGGAUCGAGCUGCUCACCGUUGUCUUCAGGGCUCAGUUCCCACGUUGCAGUGUCCUGGCCAAUAUCACAGGAACAGAUAUCUACAAAGACCGCAAGGAUUACAUGAGUAUCUAUGAGCCAGAGGGUGUGAAGAUCUUCAGGAUACCGUCACCCAUCUUCUUUGCCAAUAUAGAUUUUUUCAGAGGCAAGCUGGUGGAAGCUGUGGGCUUUAACCCAUUGAGGGUGUUGAGAAAGAGAAACAAAGCCCUGAGGACGAUCAGGAAACUUCUAAAGAAAGGAGAGCUGCAGAUGACAUCUAAAGGCCUACUGCUCACCAGCUCUGGUCCCAUUGAGGAGUCUGAGGAUGAGAGCAACAUGGAGGAACUGGACCAGCCCACUGACUUCAAGGACCUUCCUGUCCAGGUGAACUGGAACUCUGAGCUUCCUGCCAACAUCCAAGUCCCCAGAGUAGACGUCCACAGCCUGAUCCUGGACUUCUCAGCCGUCUCCUUCCUCGACAUCUCUGCCCUCAAGGGACUCAAAGCGGCACUCAAAGAGCUCAUUCGGGUUGAAGUUGAGGUCUACAUUGUGGCAUGUGACGAGUACAUCCUGGAGAAACUGCACAGCUGUAAGUUCUUUGAUGACGAGGUGAAGUCGUCCAUGUUUUUCCUGACCCUCCACGAUGCCAUGCUGCAUAUCCUGGAGAAACAUCCAGUAAACUCUGAAAACACAAAAGUCUGCGAAAAGGUUAUAACAACAGCCACUAUCCAUGGCAACCAAUGCAAUGGUGUGUCAAGUUUGCGUAGCAGGGACAAAUUUGUGCAUGGUUCAGAGCCAGAAACCAAGUUCUAGUUCCAGAACUACACUCUUAGAUGUCAGUAUUUUAAGGGUUCUUCGACUGUCCCUUUCCACAGAUGGUUCUACAUGGAACCCAAAAGAGUUCUACCUGGAACCAAAAAGGGUUAUAUUUGGAACCAAAAAGGGUUAUCCUAUUGGGACAACUGAAGAACCCUUUUUCUAAGAGUGUAGCGGUGUCUACUGUACUUUCAUUUCCUGGGAUGGCAUGCAUUUCCUGUUAUCGCUGUGCUUUCUGGUGAUAAUAGACGUAAGGACCCAUGAUACUGUCCUAAAACGGACACCAUACAGUAACCAUAUGUAUACAGGAUACCACUUAUUGAGCUAAUAAUUGUACAUACAAUAUAUUUGAUUUCUUUUGUACUGUUAAACAGAUACUCAAUGGCAAUUUUGAAGAUUUUGAAAGAAAUAUCAGAAAAUGCCAUUCAUAUCAUGUAUUUAUUUUCUAAAAUUGAAUCAGAAGUAUUAUUGUUUUUUUUUAAUAGCUUGACAAUGUUGCGUUUUAUAUGUGUACAUAUGGAUUUUAUAGGAAUGUUUACUUUGUUGUAUUUUAUAUGUAAAAUAAAUGUACUUCUUAGCACAAAGUAUUUCCGCCAGCAAGAAAUGAAGCAAUAUGAGCAGUACAGUAUUUGGAAAUCUGGACGUCCUGUAACUGAGAUAUUGAUAAGAAUUAUAGAAUGACUAACAUGGUUUUGAUAUAUUGGUCACAGAUAAAGCCCUGAUAAGAGAUGAAUGAUUAAGUAGAGAUCAUUGACAAACUGUUCUGGGUGAUACAACAGUAACCAUGAUUGAUAAAAUUGGUGGAGGUUAGUAUGGGGUAUUUCCAGUAUACCCAUGUGUGGCAACACCUCAGUUGAUCAAAAAGUGCACUUUUAUUGUGUUUUAUAAUAGUGAUUAGAGUUGAGGAUUGAUGAGUGUCUCAACAUUUACAAACCGUAAAGCCACUGAUCCAUUUGCCUGGUUUGGAUCACACAUAUUGCUCUAGAAAUGCCAUUGUGAAUCCUACACAGUAGGUAUAUACGUCAUAAAGGUACAGGACAACUAGGAACAUCUUCAGAUGGGGUGAAUAACUCUCAAACAGUGUUGCAGAUAAGCAUAGUAUGUUUGAUUUGAUUUUGAUUUAUCAGGAUCCCCAUUAAAAAUACAUAACAGACAAAAA